CCCCGGCGUCUCGUCGCCCGCUCCACCGUAUCGAUCCGCACCCGCCCACCUCCUCCCCCUCGACGACGGCGCAGAUGGCGAGCGACGGCGCGGCGGCCACGCCGGCGAAGGUGACCCCGAAGAAGGCCAACCUCCUUGACCCCCACUCCAUCAAGCACCUCCUCGACGAGACCAUCUCCGAGGUCGUGAAGAGCAAGGGCUACGCGGAGGACAACCGGCUGGGCAACUGGAAGCUCCUGAUAGGGACGGCCGUGAUCGGCGUCGCGCUCCUCGCGCAGUUCUACCCGAAGAAGUUCCCCCAGAACCGCGAGUUCCUGCUCGGCUGCAUCGCGCUGUAUGUGGUGAUGAAUGUGGUGCUGCUGAUCCUUAGCUACACCAAGGAGAAGGAUGCCAUCAUCUUCACCCACCCUCCCGCGGGCUCUUUCAAUAGCACUGGUCUUGUUAUUUCUUCAAAGUUACCAAGAUUCUCGGACAUGUACAAUCUUUCAAUAGCCAGUGCGGAUCCACAAUCAAUUUCUGCUCAUAAGACCGUCCAAUUCACUAAGAGUGUUACAAAAUGGUUUACAAAGGACGGUGUUCUUGUGGAGGGCCUGUUCUGGAAGGAUGUUGAGAGACUGGUUGAUGACUACAACAAUGAGCGCAAGAGCAAAUGAAUUAGUGACUCUUGUCUUUGAUUAUGAGGAUAAAGCUUAGUCUAAUGGAAAUAGACAAUGUUUUUGAUGACAGUACUGUUUGACUGAUGAAUGAAGUGUCGUUAAGAUUA